AUGCGGGUUGGCGAUUUCAAACUUACAAUUAGAAAUUAUAAGUCCAGGUUUCCUCACGAUGUUUACCUUCAAAGAAGAAGUCCCAGGACGCGAAGGCCGAAGAAACCCCCCGGGGACAAUGCUGUACCUGACGAGAAGAGGCCCCGCACUGCAUUCUCUGGACCCCAACUUGCAAGGUUAAAGCACGAGUUUGCGGAGAACCGCUACUUAACAGAGAGGAGACGACAGAGCCUGGCAGCAGAGCUCGGCCUGGCGGAGGCGCAGAUCAAGAUCUGGUUCCAGAACAAGCGAGCCAAGAUCAAGAAGGCCUCUGGUCAGAGGAACCCCCUCGCAUUGCAGCUUAUGGCACAAGGCCUGUACAACCACAGCACCGUUCCUUUGACUAAAGAGGAGGAGGAGUUGGAGAUGAAGGCUCGGGAGAGAGAACAGCAGUUGAAUAGAGUAUAA